UAGCCUGCUAUACAGAGCCAGUACCACACCAGGCAACUCAGGGAUCAGUUGUGAUCGGUGACACUACAAGCAAACGGAUUACUCACACGAGGACAAGGAAUGUUGUUAGUUUUCAUGUACAUACACCCGUUAUUGUUAUUUAGAAUUGGCGAGGUGUGAGACAAUGGAUCACAGCGUACAGAGGUGAGAGUAACGUGUAUGUGUAUACACUCGCUACUACGACACGGUAUUACGUACCAUCCUGUUGUGUUUACAUUGUGACUCUCCACGACUAUACGGCACACAUCUAUCGGAGGAUUCCUUACACCGCUGUCGCCGAGCUAUUGUUAUCCCAGGGAUUUGCCCUGUGUGUUUACUUUCAAUUUAUCCUUUGGAUCGUACAAUUAUUUGUGUUUACACUCAGAUCUACCUGGGUGACACGGACUAAAAAAAUCUUUUGUGAAUGAUUGUUUAGCUGACUAUUUACGAUGACCUGAGAACUACGGAGUCUAGGAAGUCUGUCUGGGAUGACAAAGAGCUGGAGAUUUUCCCCUGUUGGAUAUUUUUAUAUGUGUUAGUGCAAACUACAGUCUAGUGCUUAUUAAUUCUUCUAUUCUGGAUCUCUUGGAGUUCUCAUACCAAUGAUACAGGUGUGGUGGUCUCUCCCAGACAUUAUAGCCACCCCCAGAUGCUGAAGUACUUGUAUCGGUUACACAGUCUUUGGGUAAACAUCACUUGUAACCGCUCGCCUGUGACAAAUCGGUAACAUUUCACCGGAGGAAAUUUAAAUUUGUGGAUUCAAAGGAAAUACAUUUUGCUACCGAAGACUGCGGGCUGACAGCUGCAACAGUAAAUUUGCCCCCUCCCAAUCACUGUGGAGUUCCCCUUCAGACGCCGGCCGUGACAGUUGCUACAGAGUCCUCCACCCACUUAUAUAACUAAAGCGAAACUGACGAAAUCUGCAGCAGGACCCAGGACUGUGAAAUAAUAUAUAUAUACCAGUGGAUUUUAACCAGUGUGUGUUCCCAGAGGAUGUGAUUGUAUGUUAUACUGGUCACCCGUGGACAUUUACAUGUAGAUGGUGGUCCAGGCCCUGCUGCUCCAGCUGUACGGAGUAUGACGAAUCUAUGUGAGCUUGGAAGUACAUAAAGCAAUUUAUUCACAUGAGGGAGAAACACCUCAGUAUGGACGGAAAUUCAAACUAUCGACCGAAACCUCAGCCUCGGGGGUCGUACAGACGAAGCCGCAUCAAGGACAGGGGGAGUAAGUCUUACAGCUCUUCAGAGGAAGAAGAGUUCCAUUCGGAUGACAAUCUGAGGCCGUAUGAAGAAGUCAAGGUUGCCCAUCACGAUAAGAAAUUAAACGGCUUGGGUUUGACUCCCAAUGAGCAUGACUUAACAGACGAUUACCAUGGCAACUCCCACCUCAGUAACGGUCACCUUGGUAACGACAAGUCACGCUUGUAUAGUUACAUGAGUGGCUCGGACGGCGAUAUUGACGACAUGGACCGGGCGUUGCAUCAUGCAUCGUUAAACGUCCACCACCAGGGGUCUCAGUGCUCAAUCUCGUCCAAUGAGAUGGACAGCAAGCACAUGCCGAGAACAGAAGCUGUGUCACAGUUGUCAAUGUCGGACGAUUCCGACCAGGAAAACAUCAGCCAUUCAAACUUACAUCAUGAACUUGCAGCAACAGCGCCCAUGUUGCCUCCCUGUCUGCCCAACCCCCCACCACCUCCACCCAUAGAAGACAUUCCACAGAGGACGCCGAUGUGUGUGACUCGACAGAGGUCUUUCGGUCCGUCACACAGGGGAAACUACUCUGAUGCCGAAACGUGUUUGUGUAGUAGACAUUACGCAGAGUCGCAUAUAGCGGCCAUGCAACAAAGGGGACAUUACUCUGACCCGGACAACCCCGCACGGGUACGGCAGUGUGCAUAUUCGGAAGGAGAAAGCGAUUUUGAGCCACAUUACUUAGAACAAACUGCAUCAGGAAAUGUAUUUAUACCAGACGGCCAUCCCAGGUUCCCUCGAACAGUGCCAAGGUCAGGGUCGGUGCCAAUGUCAAGGUCGGGAGAGAUGGUUGAUCCACAGGCGGUGUGGGUCCCGCCUGGCUCCAAUACAGUUCCAGCUCACUUUUCAAACGGAGAAAAUCAAAACAUGAACCACUUAGACAAUAGACACGCAUUUACGCAUACACACUUCGGCUGCCAACAGGGGGCGCCCCCGCCGGGGGUCGUGUACCCCCAACACAUGUCCCAGGAUUAUUACUCAAAGUUUAGCAACACUAGUCAUCGGAUGAAGGAGAAGUUGGAGAAACGUUGUUCCUGGAAGUGGACGGCGGUCAUUCUUAUGGUCAUCUGUGUUAUUCUGCUCGCUUGUGCAGCAUGUUUCGGAGCCAUGUUGUUAUUUGAAGAAAAAGAGAUGGUAGCUACAGAAAAUGGUCAUAGUGCCUUGAAUUCUAGUCGAACAGGUACAAGAGUGAAUCCAAAUUUCCAAAAUCCUUUGUUAUUCCAAGUUGGAGAUGUGAAGCAAACAAAAAUACAACCACAAUCGUUUUGGACAAUGAAGUUUAUGCAGAAAGAACCAAAAUUUAUCAAGUUUAAUUUUUCAAUACCUGGCAGUGCAAUGCUUGGUUUCUAUGCGAGAAGACAUGCGCCUCCGACAAUAGCACAGUUCGACUUCUUUGAGGUCUUCGACGGAAGUAAAAUCACACCAUCCUCGAGAAACAAAAGAGCUCUAUCAAAGGACAAACGAAGCUAUAAUGGUAAAGAUACGGCAUUAAUUCAUUAUAUGGAAGAGGGCAACUGGUAUGUCGCAGUGUUCAACGACCGCAAUGAGCCAGAAUACAUCUCCUUCAAAACGGACGUCUACGAUACACUAGGUACAGACUGCCCUAAUGACUGCCACGGACAUGGGGAAUGUUUCAAAGGUCAAUGUCGCUGUUUCCCUGGAUACGCUGGAUGGGACUGUUCACAGACGAAGUGUCCCGUCCUGUGUAAUGGUAACGGUCUAUACAUCCGCGGAACCUGUCGCUGUCACGAGGGAUGGAAGGGGCCGGAAUGCGAAAUCCCCAUCCAUGAAUGCGAAGUCCCGAACUGCAACGGGAAUGGAAAGUGUGUCAACGGACAGUGUGUGUGUUUACCUGGGUAUAAGGGGCCUCACUGUGGACUAGUUGACUGUCUUGUCCCUAACUGCUCGGGUUAUGGGGUCUGCCAUCUUGGAAACUGUGUAUGCCAAAAAGGGUAUAAGGGUUCAGACUGUAGCCUUCCCGAUAAACUAAACAUCAGCCAGGUCUGUGCCCGUGACUGCUCGGGUCACGGCACUUAUGACUUAGAGUCUGACACAUGCCUUUGUGAAAGGUUCUUCGCAGGGCCGGAUUGUGAGACAGAAAUAUGUCGCCUGGAGUGUUACCACGGACACUGUAUGAACCAGAAAUGUUUGUGUGACGAGGGUUGGGGCGGAGCCCUGUGCGACCAGCUAAGUUGUGACGCACGCUGCGACGGACUGCGCGGUAUCUGUGACAACGGAACAUGCAUCUGUCGGAAAGGAUGGAACGGAGAUCACUGCACACUAGAUGGCUGCCCUAACUCCUGCAGUAACCAUGGAGACUGCCGCCUUUUCUCUCAUGGCUGGAUGUGUAGCUGUCAUCAUGGGUGGAAAGGAGAGGCUUGUGCGAUCACUAUGGAGAUGGUGUGUCAGGACGGGGAUGACAAUGACAGAGAUGGGCUGUCUGACUGCCUAGACCCCGACUGUUGUCUAGACUCCGCCUGUGAAGACAGUAACUACUGCCAGAUGGCCCCAGAUCCUCUCGACAUCCUCCUCCGCAAACAACCUCCCAGCUCCACUGCCUCCUUUUACGAGAAAAUGAGGUUCCUCAUCGAGGAAAACAGCGUUCAGAUUGACACCUCCAGGAACGGUCUCAGUGAAAGCCAAGUUUCCUUGAUCCGUGGACGAGUGAUGACCAAAGACUGGACUCCACUUAUUGGUGUGCGGGUGCACGUGGCACGGCAGCCUCUUUAUGGAUACACGCUCACGCGAAGACGUGGACAGUUUGACAUCCUUGUGAACGGUGGAGGAUCGGUGACUUUGGAGUUCACCCGCCAACCAUUCCAGUCACACAGCACGAGCGUCCUAGUCCCGUGGAACCAGAUCCUCACGCUCAACACAGUCAUCAUGGUCCAACAGAUGGAAUCUAACCUCCCUCCCGAGCCGGUCGUCUGCGGGGUCAUGCACGACUACUAUAGCCUCCAGCCGGUCGUUCUGUCCACCUGGCAACACACACAGCUUGGAGCAUGCCCGGAGAAGAGUACGAUCAUUCCUGAAUCACAGGUGGUGCAGGAGAGUCUGAUCAUACCGUCCACCGAUGUCCACUUGGUUUACCACAGUAGCGACACCCCUGGGUACAUGUCGGUGAUCCUCAUCCAGAUGACCCCGAGCGUAAUUCCCCCCAAUCUAGCCCUGGUUCACCUCAAGGUGUCCGUUCAGGGCAUAGACAUGGAGAAGACCUUCGAGGCCGACCCUGGCCUCAAGUACACAUUCUCCUGGGACAGAAAGAAUGCUUUCCGCCAGGAUGUGUAUGGGAUAGUUCCAGCCAGAGUCCAAGUCGGCUACCAGUACAGUGGAUGUAGCUUCAUCUACUGGGAGGUUCGCAGCACCACGAUGAGUGGAUAUGACCUGGCUUCAUCUCAGAUUGGCGGCUGGAAUAUUGACAUACACCACACGUACAACUUCCAGGAAGGAAUUCUUCACAAAGGAGACGGCACAAAUAUCUACCUCAAAGAAAAGCCCAAGAAAUUGGUCAAUAUCCUUGGGAACGGUCACAGGCGGAAACUAGAGUGCGACUCGUGUAACGGACGUGCCCGUGACAACCGUCUUCUUGCCCCUGUGUCAUUAGCCAGUGGACGGGACGGAAGUCUGUACGUGUGGGACCUCAACUACAUCAGGAAGGUCAACCCGAGCCGCUACGACAUUGCCAGUAUCCUCAAGACCAGUACGAUCUCCACAUCGUACAAGCCAUACAUGACGGUCAGCCCAGUGGAUGGUCACUUGUACGUGUCGGACUACAUGAAUCACCGGGUAAUCAAGGUCGCCACCAUGGGACCCGUUCGUAUCCUCGACAGUAACUACGUGAUCAUCGCUGGCAACGGAGAGGAAUGUAUCCCUGGGGCAAUAGACAGGUGUGGUGAUGGCAAGCGUGCGAUCAACGCCAGGCUUGUACAUCCCAAAGGUAUAGCCAUUAGUAAGGAGGGUGUGAUCUACAUCGCUGACAACCUGAACAUCCGCAUGGUGACUCCCGAUAAAACCAUCCACACCUUGAUCGGUUCACAGGGACAGCCGCGAACCUGGGAACCCAUGUCUUGUGAUCACAGCCAGCCGGCAGAGGAGAUCCGACUUCAGUGGCCCACUGACCUGGCUAUAGAUCCUCUGGACGACUCACUUCACAUUCUAGACAAGAACGUCAUCCUCAAACUGACCAAGGACGGCAGUCUUAUCACCGUUGCCGGACGUCCACUAAACUGUCCAUUCAGAAAAUCCAGUUUCCUACCAACUGGGGUACUGUCUGAUCAGGAACAAGCAUCCAACAUCGCAGCUGACAUCAAGCUUGUAGACCCCCAGAGUAUCGCAUUCGGACCCCAGGGCGAAAUGUACAUUGUGGAGAGUGACCGACACAGUAUAAAUCGCGUUCGAGUGGUCACUACUGAUGGACAUAUCCAUCACUUUGCCGGGACGAAAUCGAAGUGUGACUGUCAGACAAUCACGUGUAAGUGUUACGACUCCAAGGAGACGCUCGCCGCCCAAGCUCUGUUCAAGGAGCUGACCUCAAUUACUGUGACCCCUGAUGGAGUCGUACACAUUGCCGAUGCUGGAAAUCUGCGUGUGUUCUCCGUACUUUCAGAACUUCCCGAAGCAGACCAGAGCACCAGACAGUACGAAGUUGUCUCCCCAGAAACACACGAGGUCUACAUUUUCAACAGCUAUGGUCAGCAUCGCCACACAGUUAACAUCAUGACAAACCAGUAUGUGUAUAAUUUCACGUAUAACGUGAACUCUUUCUACGGGAAACUGAUCUCCAUUGACGAUGACGUCGGCAACAAGAUCAAGAUCACUCUUGACCGAGAAACCAUGGCAAAAGAAAUUAUUUCGCCAGACGCUUCAAAAUGUGACUUGGAAAUGAACAAUAUUCGGAAGCUAUACAGUUUCCGUGCCAACAACUGGACAGCCACUUUCACGUAUUCGGAGAGUACCGAGCUACUGGAGUCUAAAUACCUAUCGGACGGGAAGGCCUACACUUACAGCUACAACAGCCGAGGCAGACUUCUGGAGGUCCGUCAGCCAACAGGGGAGAUAACCACCUUAACAACAGACGUCAAUACCACAGGUUCCAUCGUCCGCAUCACCACUGAUAACAGUGAUGCGGUUGCUAUGGCUACAUAUGGCAGUGUGCAGUCAGUUAUGCAUGUAAUGACCGAAUCUGGGAAUGCCGAAACCAAGGUUACAUAUCUACCAGAUGGCGCUGUGGUCGUUGUGUUCCCUAGCAACCUGUCCAUCUCCAUAGAGUCUGGCGGGCAUCCGAUUCUCGCCAACGAGUACCGGAUGCAUUUCAAGCGCAAAGUCAUUGCGCCUAAUAAACUUGUACAUAAGCUUGAAUGGCGUUACUAUCUGCGGCGUAAAGGUCGCACGCGGCAAAGUAAGGUGGUCGAGAGGAUCGGGCACCGUAUGAGGGUAGGAGCUCCUUUCUCCUCAAGGCAUGCCAGAAUGCAUGACUCGCAUGAUGAAGAUGAAGGAUCAUACAAAGGAAAAGCCCUUCUGAUCAAUGGUGAAAACCUGCUGACUGUCGAGUACGAUCGGGAAACCCACACGGAAAACAUCAUGGGAAAAAAUCUCCUGAAAAUUAUGUCCAUUUUGUACGAUGGAUCUGGACAGCCGACCCAUAUACGCCCAAACAAUCGCCAUCACGGCAUGAAUAUUACGUACAGCAAAGAAGGGCGGAUAACCCACUGGCAGUACGGAGAGAUACGUGAAGAUCUGAUAUACGACGACGAAGGUCUGCUGCGAGAGAAGUCUUCAUCCAGUGGGGGCGCUCAGUACAGAUUUAGUUACCGAGUCGGAAAAGUGCCGACAGACAUUAUCUUACCUAAUGGUCUACAAUACAUGAUGCAGUACGACUCUCAGGGAUAUUUGGUAAGAGUCCGAACUCCAGGGCUCGGGGAGCAUUUCUUUACCCGAGUCAUGUCAGCAGGGAUUCAGCGAUUUCUAUAUCGAGUCCCAGAACUAACGUUCCCCUACACAGAAGAAUACGAUGGAAAUGGAAAGCUACUUCAAAUUAUCUACCCGAGUGAGAGACGACGAAUUAUCUACCGGUACAACAAAUUUGCCCAGCUAAGUAAAAUCAUGUUCGACGAGACGGAAAUCAACAUGGAGUACGAUCCACAAGUCUCCAAGGUGUCGGCGUCCGAGGUUCUCAGCGGGCCAUAUGACUGUCGUGAAAGCUACACUUACACAGCUUCCCUGGUCAAAGACUAUACUGUAGAAUUCGCUAGGGAUCGACGCCUGCUUGGUGUGAAAUUUUCAUACACCUACGACAAGAAUUUCCGACUAAAAUCCAUCAAUGGAUACUUCCGUGAAAAUAUGACGAGUAAUUCUGACAUGUCAUACGAUGAGGAAACGGGUAAACUCCGAACUCUGAAGUCUCUGUCAAUGAACUGGCCUCUGUUUGACAUUGAAAAGAUAACGGGAAACAACAUGACAUUUAACCGGGAGUACGACAGCUACGGACGACUUUCUAGUGUCAUAUACAGGUUCGGGGAACAAGAGCGCUUCUCCCUACAGAUUGGCUACGACUUGGAGAACCGCAUACACCACUGGAAUUGCCAGAUCGGGCCCGCCACCACCAGGAAUAUGCAGUACGUGUAUGAUAUUAACGGCAAUGUGAUCGACGUGCUCCUGAACGGCCAGCCAACAUGGCGGUAUGGUUACGACAACAACGGAAACAUUAACAAGAUCACGGAGUAUAGCCUAACCAGAAAUCUAGAGUACGACAUCGGUGACCGAAUCUCAAAGUCUGGCUCUAAACGGUUCCGAUUCGAUAAGGAUGGCUUCAUGGUCCAACGGCAUGACCAGCACGUCGGAUUUAAUUCAAACGGUCAGUUGCGAUCCGUGUUCAAAACGGGAGAAUACCGGUACUUUUAUUUCUAUGAUGCUCAGGGUAGAUUGGUCAUCGAGGAAGAUGGGAGCGGCAAUGUGAAUCAAUUUUAUUACGGCGAUGUCACGCAACCUCAACGGAUCACACACACCUUCAACCAAAGUUCUGGUGACCUUACGCAGUAUCUAUAUGACUCGAAAGGGCAGUUAUUGGCCCUGGAGCGUCAAAACUCCCUGUACUAUAUCGCAACAGAUCCAAUGGGAACCCCCCUGGCUGUUCUCAACGCUAACGGCCACAUUGUCAAGCAACGUAGAUACGACCCCCUGGGACAACUAGAGACCGACACAAAUCCCAACUUUGACGUCUGUUUCGGAUUCCAAGGUGGUUUGUACAAUCCUAUGACACAGCUUAUCCUGUUCGGAAAGAGAGUUUACGAUACCGAAAACGGACACUGGAUUUCUCCGGAUUAUUCGAGUCUGCUGCGAGACCUCAACAAGAUUCCCUCCUCACCGAUGAUCACUAACAACUACCAGUACCACUACCCAAUCAACACCCACACCCGUCACAAAAAGUUCCCCAUGCUUGCGAUCACCGACUGGCUUCUGAUGCUGGGAUUCGAUUUGCGGAGUCUGGCACCUGAUAUAUCUUACACUGGAGAAAUUCGUCCAAAAGCACAUGACGUUAGUCGUCGUCUGCUGCCCAUGUCGUCAGCCUUCGAGUGUACAUUCCUUCGUGACAUGGAGAGUCUACUCACCAUGACAACCGUUCCGAAAUCAAAAGUUUCACCUUUGCUUGGUCACUUUGACCUUCAGCCAACUCCUAGACCCUUCAUGCUUGGGCCAAAGGUGACCUUGUCAUUUGUGAAGGGCAAAGCUGUGAUUCAUAUGGCCGCAAAUACGCCGAAAUGGGCCAAACAAUUGGCCGAGGUUUUGGUAAAUGGGUCAGAGGUCAUAGACCUUAGAUACAGUAUCCACGGCAAAGACAUCCACUACUUUAUAAAGACAGACGCCUCCAAAGCCGAGGAGGACUUACGAGCUCUAGACAUACACAGCACGUUCGUGCAGUAUGAAAAUUCCAUGAACAUCACCGUGAACAGGAUACAGCACAGUGAACGGUUUAGACUUAGUCCACACGCCGAGGUAGACAUUCGUAUCCACGGGGUGGACUCUGUGAUAAAUAUUCGGUAUGGGACGACAUUUGAGAGGGAGCGCCAGAGGAUUCUGGGCCAUGCCAAAGAGCGUGCCGUGUUACACGCGUGGGAGAGGGAGAAGUGGGUGUUGCAAAAUGGACUGACCACACAGUAUCGGUGGUCAGACAUGGAGAGACAACAAAUUCUGACCAGCGGCUAUGCCGAUGGAUAUGAGGGGCAUUACAUACGUAGUCCAGAAUAUUUCCCCGAACUCUCAGACGAUUGCAAUAAUAUCAGAUUUACGAAAAGCAGUAGGUAGCACACGUAGACCAUCAUACCAUCUUACAAUGGCCCAUCCCUCAAUGCUAAUAGUACUUACUUCAUUGAACGAGAUUCUUUUACUUGGUUUUGUUUUUUCGUUUCAUUUUUUUUUUUCGAGGAAGAAAAUCAAAUGUUACCUGUAUAUGAUGUGUUCAUGCACAACACGUGAGGAUCCCCGGAAUCGUGUUUAGUUUGGUGCUUACCUGUGCUGCACGAACCGUGGUGAUGUGCUAGCGCUGGAAUAGUGUUAUGUUGCUCAGUGUUGUAAUAUAUGACCGAGGAAAAUGACGAUUGUGAUUUGUGAUUCAAGAAUUCUUAUUUUAACUGAACUAUACAGUCUGUGUGAAGUUUGAAACUUGUCGACAAUCCUUGUGACAAAGCAAAAAAAUACCAGUAAAUUUUUAAGAGUUACAUUCAACUAUAAGUGCAGACACGAUUAGCAGAAGGCUUCAGACAAUGUAAAUUGGCCGUGCUAAAAAGUGAACCUGGUGAUUGUUGCCGUAUGGUAUAUCACAUGCCAUUCAAGAGAUGCAGGUACCUAGAAUAUUAUUGACAGAUAACACGGUCAAUAGAAGGCUUGAACCUGUUGGAGAUAAACCUGAUAAUUACUGCUGAAAUUUGGCCUAGCUUGAAGUGUGAUUACAAACAAGUAGAUGUCGCGUGGUGCAGACAUCACGGAGGUCAAGGCCAACUGAUGUCAUGGCAACAAGUUGCCACACUAGUCAUACGAGAAUCAAAAUUUGUUUUAUGUUUAACCAAAAUGUAGACCAAGUUAACUUGCUACUGCCCUGUGAUGGGGGACCCCUGUAGAACAGGGACACCCCUUGUAAAUGUGUAAUGUAUAUAUUGUAUCAUACUAAACUCAAAUAUUGGUCAAACAAGAUAUAUGAUAGACGAGGUAGGAUACUUCUAGUGGUUCUGUGACAACGCCAUUCCAAUGUAGUCAGCCGUUUUUGUUUUGACCUUCUAACAUUAUUGAUCAUACAUUGCGACUACUUUUGUGUCAGCGCCAAUAUUUUACCCCAUUGUGAUGUUUUUAUUUAAAAUCUCAAACAAACUAUUUUAUCUUCAUCAUCUGUAUUAUGAGAACUUGAAAUGUGUGCUGCAUAUGUCUCGUGAUAGCAGAGUGGCAUGCCAAAUUUGCUAAUUGAAAAUAUUGCAAUAUCUUGGUAAUACUAGUUUAGUCAAUGUUAUUACUUUUUUUCAUUUCAUAAAACAGCAUUAUUUAUCUAUUUAAUAUUUCAUUAAAAAUUUGAAAUAUUUUAAUCAUUUUUUCUUAAAUUAUUAAUACUUCAUUAUGAUUUGAAUUUAAGGCAGAAAAUGACCUUAAAACAUUAAGGAGUAUUUUUAAAGCACAACUGUCAUUUAUUAACAGUCUAUUUACAGGCAGAUUCGAUUCCAUACAGGAAAAUAGUUACACAAUUUCUGUUCAACAAAUGUACUGGAUUUGUUGUCUGUCUGAAAUGUAGACUUUGAUUCUCAACAAUCAAUAUGUUAUAUAUUAUGUCAUAAUUUGCAAUGUUAUUUAAAUUAUGAAUUUUUCAUCCAUAACAUGCAUUUCAUUCUCAAUCUGCAGUCUUCGAAAUAAAAUAAAUGAAAUAAAGUAAAUUAUUAGGCGACACUAUGAUAUAUUAUACCAAGGUGUAAGCGACGCUGUUCUGCAAUAUGUACUGUUAUCGUCCAUGACACCUUCAUUGAUCUAUAAAUGUAAUCUGUGACAUAUCACUCGUAUAACUAUUCGCUCGCAAGUCAAUCUGCAUUAUUAUAAAUAUCUCAUUUUCAUUGUGCCAAACAACAUACCGUCUAGUUGCCCUGUUUCGCGACCGGUUUAAUUUCGCAAGUUUUGUGGAUUUACUUGCAAAAUCCCAAAAAAGUGUGUACAUUUUCAAUAGACUGAGAUUUCUCAGUCUUCAUGAAAAAAUGUAUCAAAAUUUGCGCAUUUUAUUACCCACGAAAAAGAGCAACUGCGCGGCAGUGAGAGUUCGUUAUAAGUUUUUAGUUCGGUACUAUAUACAUUGUAGGUGUUCAUUUGUCGGCUGAAUUCACCAGCCUUUUUCUUUAUAGUGUUUUGCUGAACAUGAAACUAGUCCCAAAUGAUGUCAUGGAAAUUGUGUAAAUAGAUGACAAAUCUGUUUCCAUAGCAAUAUUGUGCUGUGGUGGUUGUUUACAUGUACGACUCUUACGUAUAACAUGUAUGCAUGUAUCGUAUCUUUGGACAGUAUGUAUGUCAGAUUGUAAAUCUUCCGUUUUUUUGUCCGUGUGCUAGACUUUCUGAUUUGUGCUUUACCAUUUUGUGAUGCAAGAACAAAUUUGGAAAAUUACCAAGUAUUACGGUAUAAAAAAUAGCAAAAUGUGUCACUGUUCAUAGCCUCGAAUAUAAUUAUUUGUCUUCGUCCUCAAAAAUACAAGAAAUGUACAAUAAAUAUAAUUAAUACAGUAUUGUGUAUAUUUCUAUGUUAUAAUUAUGGUCUUGGAAAUGACACUUUUUUAUGAUAUUCGACAUGAAAAGUCAAACAUCUUUUUUUUUACAAGAUAUUUUUCCUAAAACACAUCAUAUAUACCAUCAUUGUACCAUUUAACUUGUUUCCUUCUGAAUGGAGAGAAAUCAGGACCCAUAUUACCCAUGAAAAUGGUUGAUUCGUAAGGCGCCAGGAAAAACACCAGAUUUGUUUUAAUUAACUCAUUCACCCCUGAAGACACAUUUGAACUCCUCCAAUUCAAAGGUUGGUAUAGUUCAUUAUGAAAUUUCAGGGGUGAACGAGUUGAACAAAAUCUUAGUCAGUUUGCGGGUCAAACAAUUUGUGUUUUUGGUUAUUUUUGCAAAGACUAAUGAUUUUGGUUAUAUAACAAUCAAUUGUGACAGUUCUAAAUCAUUUAUUUAUCAACUUAAAAGUGUUUAUUUACAGUUUAUGUUCUGGUGACUUUGGAUUCUGCAGUAACUAUGAAGAAAAUAAUCAUGAUAAGUAUGUCAUGUAAAAUCCCUGAAGAGAAACAGCAGAAUCACAGAAGCGUAUCAGUGGAAUUACUGAAGCGAAUCAGUGGAAUCACUGAAGCAAAUCUGUAGAAUCAAAGAAGCGUAUCAGCAGAAUCAGCCAAGCGUAUCAGUAGAGUCACUGAUGCGUAUCAAUAGUAACAAUUAUCAUAAUGUAGUGCUGUUAUUAUGUUUUACAAAGUUAUUUUAGUUUUUUAUUUAAUUUUUAUUCAGAUCUAUGAUACUACUUUGAAAUCAAAGUUGAGAGACUAUAGUACUAUAUAAUAGUACCAUCACUCUCUCUGGUGUUGUGGGGGGCGGGGUACAGGUGAAAUGUGUUCAUUGAUAGCCAUCUUUAACUGUUGUGGGAAGUGUUUCUAGUAUGCAAUAAGUUUUAGUUUCAUACGCAGCUCAUUAGAAUGUGAAUUUAAAGACAAAUGAUAUUUAUAGAUAUGCAUGUUUUCAUCAAUGGUUGUACUUCCUGCUACCCCUGUUCCCAAUAAUUAAUGGACUAGGCCAUUUUACAUUUUUAGUUAAAGCGCUUACAAAAAAUGCUCAUGAAUAAGUGGAUUCUGGAAAAUGAUUUUGGCUAUCAAGCAAACACUAGUUAGGACAUAUUAAAAAUAAACAAAUAACUUAUAAAAUAUUUAUUUUGAAACUGUUGCAGAAAUAACUGACCAAUGAACAUGUUUCUGAAUUCCUUUAAUAUUUACAGAUAGUUUCCCACAGACUAUCAGCAAAAUUGAAAAAAAAAAUGAAAAAAAAAAUGAAAAUUUAUUAAUGAUCAUUUGGAGAAGUAAAAUAUUGUUUUUAAGUAAUCAACAUUGGAAAAUUCAGGUGCAGUCAUUUCAUCUUGGGAGCAAGGGGUAGCCAGUUGGUAAUUGUAGCAGUAUUCAUACCUACAUGUUGUAUAACGGAGCACCUGCAACCAAGUAACACACAAGAUAUCCCCAUCGUAACAGUAGUAUACAUAUAUUGUCUCCUAGCAACAAAGCUGAUAACGGAAGGGUAAAGAAAACGUAUUAUACCUCUAUAUAUGUUGUGAAUGGCAAUUAAAGGCUAUAUUUUUAUUUGAUUUUUUUUUAAAUGGGGGGUAAAGGGAGAUUUUGAUUUUCAAGAAGGGAGAUAACUCUCAGAGAAUGGUGAACCCCCUAUGAGGUGUGAAAGUAGAUGGAUAUUUUUAAUUCGUACGUUAACAGUUUCAGUUUAGGAUGUUAUUUCUUCCUUAAUUUUAUCAGAGGUAGUCAGUUGAGUUUCUAUUUAUAAAUGGUGCCAUAAUAUACUACGGACUGGAUACAUUGGGUAUAGUGUUCCUAAUAAAUUAUUGGAUCUUAAUCGGUGAACUGACAGAAGAAAUCGAUCAUUAAAUCCGACAAUAAUUUAGGGCUAUUCUUCUUUGAAUGUUUUUUUGCGUUAUUUUAAGAACAGUGUUGAGAUAUCUUUUCUUUUUGAGGAUUAUUUCUGUUGUGUUUAUUAUUUCACAAAUGAUAAGUCGAAUGCUGUGCAACUGAUAUAGAAAUACUCUGAUAUAUAUAUCGGAGCAAGUUCAUAUUAAUCGUUACAAUUUUCAAUACCAAUGUUUAUAGUAUCAAACUGAAUAUAAGUAAAAUUGAAUGAAAAUUAUAUAAAAUUCAAAAAUAAUGCAAUUAAAUGAGGAAUAUCAAAAUAUUUAGGUGGGUUUUUUUCCAUAUUUUUUUAAGUGAUUGCAAUUUUUUUUUUUAGAUAUACCUUAGUGUAUAUGCCGCUGUGAGAAUUGUGGCUGCAAUCAUCCUGUCUGUAGUGGCUGCUGCCAUAACAAUUGUGGCUGCAGUCAUCAUGUAUGUAGUGGCUGCUGCCGUGACAAUUGUGGCUGCAGUCAUCGUCCAGAUUUGAAAAUUGUGGCAGUAGUCGUAGUGGCUGCUGCGUAAGAAUUGUGGCUGCCGUUCUAUAUUUACAUACUGGCUGCUGCCAUGACGAUUGUGGCAGCAGUUGCCGUGAGAAUUGUAGCAGGAUUUUUGUGUUUGUACUGGCUACCAUAUUGGCUGCAUGUUAGGUUAUCUAUAUAUAUAUUAUAUAUAUGCAACUGUGUUUUGGAGGUGGGGACGCGUGUCCCCGUGUGUAUGGUGUGACUGAGAGUUAGCUGUCCUGUGUUAAUAUGUCAUUCAUCUCGUACUAGUAAACUUAUCAAAAACUAUCUUUAAACACCAUAAAUUUUCUAUUUAAAAUGUAAAGAAGAAAAAUAAAACAAAAAAUAUAAUAUCAA